AUGUCGCUGCUCGACGCCCACCUCGAGCAGAUCUCGCUCUGUGCCGCCUCCAUCUCCGACCUGCCCUUUGCCCCGCCCAAGAUCUUCACCAAUGCCCUGCUGCAGAACCACGACAUCACCUCGCUGAUACGCGACACGGAGCUGCAUGAGCGCGCCCUCUUCUCCGUCCCCCCGCCCCCGGCCGCCCCCAAGGCCUCCGACCUGCCUGCAGCCACCAACCGCCGCAACACCAUCUUCAACCCCAAUGGCGCCGCCGGCUCGAACAUCUCAGGCGGAGGUGCGAAUGCCGUCCGCGCCCCUCGUCGCAACACGGCAGUCGCAGCCGUCUUGGGUACAGAGCUGGUAGAACGCAUUCGGCGAGGCGGCGGUGGAGGGGCUGGCUCAGGCUUGGGCUACCGCACCUACGAUGCGGGCAACAGGAACGAAGUCGACGUGGAGUCGCUGCUGGAGGGGGCUGAGAAGCUGCUCGGCGUCUACCCAAUACCAGGUGCGCAGGAGAGAAUCGCCGCCAUGCGUCAGCGACACGCCCGACUCGAAUCCUCGGUCGAGUUCUACGAAGCACGCCUCGCAGAACAGACCACCCAGUUGAACCGAUUGAACCGGUCUCGCGACUACGUAGACGACGAAGCAGAAGAGCCCGACGAGGAGCCACAGGACGACGUGCCUUUGAGCGCAGAGGACCUGCGUCGAGAAGAGGAGGAAGUACGCCAGCUGGAAAAGAAAAAGAGAGGUCUGGAAGAUCGCGUCAAUUCCAUGGGAAGGGAUAUCUCCGGACUACGCUGA